GUACGAUGCACGUGCACGGCUGCAGAUGAGGACACCACCGCGUUGUUGUGAAGCAUCAUUUGUAUAUACGGAGUUCGCAUACAAGCGCGGUAGGUGUUUUCUUGCGUGCUCGCACAUUCCGUGCCCAUCGAUCACGUGGGACGCGAGAGAGCUGACGACUCCCGGAUAAACACCGAAGCGCAAUAAGAUGGGCACACCGAUGGACGUUCCGCUGUCAAUCGCCCUGGUCGCAGCCAUGAUUUCUUCUCCUGGAGCUAACGCUGAAAAUAAUGAAUUAGCACGAGUAUCCUGCCUUCAUUUACGCUUUCCCGACCUCCUGAACAUAAGUCACUGCUUAGGUAACGUGCUAGACAUGUGCGGUCGCAGAAAACCUUACAUAGUACUGGCCCUGCAAAAACUUGGCAAAUGCAUCAUGAACGCCAUAUUUUCCAGAAGAUCGUUGAAACUCAUCCUCAUGGCUUUGAAAAAACCCAUAAUAUUUGCAUUCAAAAUGUUACUUCCAAGAGUGUCGAAGGUCGUGGCACCCGUUCUCGAGGUGCUUCUGCCGAGGCCAUGUAACGCAGAUCAGAAGAAAAGUGGAACCUGCGAUAGGCACCUGCUAUCACAAAAUCCGUGCAGCGGCGUCGUCAAUGUCACCUUCAGCGACCCGCUGGACAUCAGAGACUGCAUUGAUAUCAGUAAAUUAAUGUGUUUUGAACCAGGUGCUGAUAAGGACCAGAUGGUGACCGAAUUCAUGAGCACUAUCGUGUGCGCGAUGAGGAAAUUACCCGUGCUAAACGUUCGGCUAAUGCUGAAGAUGCUCCUCUGCAGAGUCAUGGCAUGGCUCAUCGAGUUUCUACGAGUCAGAGACUUCAACACGAUGAAGAGGGUGGUAGAGGCGUUUCACGCGUUUGGGAACUGUCACAAAUACUAUCCUAUGAACCCGAAAACAGAGAGAAGACUCCUCCCCGAGGCAGAAUUUUAUCCGAAUGACACAAGACGCAAAUUAUUGCAGUGAACAGUUGGCCUCACUGGACUCGUAAUAAUUUACUCCAAUCUGCAAACAGCACGCGUUCUUCGUCAAGAGGGGCACACUCUCGCCAGAACGUACACUUCCACAGGUGUUUCUCUACGAAAUAAAUA